UACUACGAACAGCAUUGGAAGUACAGAAGAUUUGUGGCUGCUUAGGAAGAGCAGUCAAGGUCUUUACUGUGACUUGCCGUGUCAUCGCUGGAGUCUGAGGUCUUAUUGUCGCCCUCUAAGGUUUGCACUGGAAUUCAUCGCUGAUACAUGCCAGGUGUGAGCAGGCAGGCAUGAGAAAUCCCGGUAUUGUUAGAAAGCUGGUUCUUCUGGCGUGGUUUCAAUGGGGGGUAGCAACAGCAGCAGCAAUUUGCGAGAGAACGAGCUGCGGUAAUGUCACUGUUCAAUACCCCUUUGGUCUCGGAUAUGGCUGUGGAAGUCCCGGCUUUGGGCUAAGCUGCACGGACUCUGUCUUGUACUUCAACAGUUCGAUUGUGGGAAGCAUCGACUACAAUGGCCGAAGUUUGGUUUUGAGCUCCGGUGAAGGCUGCCCCUUGAGGAAUCUUCCAACGGAGAUUCAGAUCUGUAGCAGAAACCAAAGAAAUGACGGGAAUGGACAGCAAGUAUGUUUGCUUGGUUACAGUAGCUGCUGCUUGGAAAGAAACUCGUCAUUCGACGGAGAAGGAUGUAUGGCUUACAGGGCGGCUGGAGGCUCGUCUUCAACAGUUAGUGCUUCUCUGGGUGAUUUUUCGCUCAGGUGGCCUCCGGAACUACAGACUAGGUGCGACCCUUGCUAUCGCGUUGGGAAUGGACAGUGCGGCUACAAUUCAACAAGUGAUUUCGUCUGCUUUUGUGAGACGUCAAACACGACUGCAACUUGCAGUGUAACUCAAGGCCAAACCAAUGCUCCAAUAAUCAUAUCAGGUAUAUCAGGCUCUGUCGCCAUCGCGGUGAUUGUCGUGGUUCUCGUGUUCGGAGUGAGCCUCUCAAUAUACUGGAAGUGGAAAAAGAAUGGCCGCGAGAGCACGCCAGAGCCGAUUUUCUCACUCGACGAUCCCAGCCGAGAUGUCGAAAACCUCCGCCAGAUACUCUCCACGCGCAGGGGCGACCCCGCAAAGCUCUACACCUUAUCCGAGAUCGACAAGGCCACAAACGGUUUCGACAAGGAACACAAGAUUGGCAGCGGUGGCUUUGGCACUGUUUACAAAGGACUCUUCGACGACGGCUCGGUUCUAGCAAUCAAGAGAGCAAACCACACAUCAAAGCAAAGCUCGCGGCACUUUUACAACGAGGUGGCCAUCCUUUCACAGGUAAACCACCGCAACUUACUCAGGCUCAUGGGUUGCUGCGUCGACUCGGACGUUCCCAUACUCGUGUACGAGUACAUUCCAAACGGGAAUCUCUUCGAACAUCUCCACAAGAGGCCGGGGGUUUUAAGCUGGAGCAACAGACUGACGAUCGCAAUAGAGACGGCCGAGGCACUUGCUUACUUGCACUCGGCUGCGUAUCCACCGAUCUAUCACAGGGACGUAAAGUCGGCCAACAUUCUCCUCGACAACGCCUUCACGACGAAGGUGGCGGACUUUGGCCUCUCCCGGCUGGUUCCCGUGGACGUGACUCACGUCUCGACCAUGGUACAAGGAACUCCCGGCUACGUCGACCCGGAGUAUCACCAGACGUAUCAGCUCACGGACAAGAGCGACGUCUACAGCUUUGGGGUGGUGCUGCUGGAGAUGGUCACGGGACGCAAGCCAGUGGACUUCGCCAGAGCUUCCAAGGACGUGAACCUCAGCGCCUACUCGGUGCCUUUGAUCCGGAAGGGGCUGAUCGAGGAGAUCGUGGACCCGAAGCUGGAAGUGAGAGUUUCUGGCAACGCGGCCGACUUGGAGCUCCUGGAAUCCAUCCGAGCAGUGGCCAACGUCGCGAUGGCGUGCCUGGCGUUUACGAGAGACGAGCGGCCGACGAUGAAGAGAGUGUUGGAGGAGCUUGUGGCGAUCCGGGGGUCGGAUGGAUUGAUUAGGACGGAGUGGCUGGAAGGCGAGGUGAUUCUCACCGAGAGUUUCCAUCCCAGCGAGGGUGUCUCGUAUAACAGCGGUCGGUCGCGAGAUCAUUCAGCGGAGAUAACGGCCAGGUAAGUAUAUAUAAAUCAGUUUUGAAACUUCCACUCUGGCAACAGACUUCGUUCCGUGCAAGAAGGCGAUUUUAGAUAUACCUAUCGUCAUACGUCUGAAUUCGGGUCAAAUCUUUGCCUAGCAGGAGCAAAGAACUGUAAUGCCACUUUUCUAAUCAAUUUCAAAUAUCAAUCUCCAAAGGAUUGUAA